CAAUAGAGCCGGCGAACGUAACGUUUUGUUAUUUUUGUCAUGUGAAAAGGUUUUGUGACUAUCGGAGACAUAAUGCUGAAAGAUCAUCUCGUGAAUAACGACGCGCUACGAGCUGCUGCCGGGAACUUUAACAAUAGUUUACGAUAAGUUGUUAAUUCAUAUUAGACGAUUAGUGUGCGACAAAUAGAGGCGUCUAAUAAUAUUUAGACGGAUUAUCUUAAUGCUUCUAUGUGACGUUACAGUGUGAGUGAAACUUAAUUAAUUUGGACUGUUAAGCGAGUGCUUAUGGAAUUACGUAAAAAGUGGCUGUAAGGUACUCUUCAAACGGACAGCAAUCGCGAUGUUGUGACAAAGAAUAAAUCGCAUCCAACAAUGCAUUUCCUAAAGUACUUCUACGAUGUCCUAAAUAACAGAACUAUAUUAUUCAUAAUAGUGUUGCUAUCGCUCAAACUGUGCAGUCCGCAAGAUUUAAGUGACGAUUUCGAGGACAGUGCGGAGACAAUAUCAAAAAUGAACGCGGGCAGAAAGUUCACUAGAAAUAUAGGAGUUGCGAAUCCGUGUAGACUCAGUGAAUUACUUUGUGAUACGGGCCAGUGUAUAUCUUUAGAUAAAUACUGCAACGGGGAAGACGAUUGUGGGGAUAAGAGCGACGAGCCAAAGGCUUGCACUCCAUGCAAUCGUACCUACAUGGGGGACGUGGGUCGAACAUACGAGUUAGAAGUUAGGCGGCCGAGGGAAGACCAUCUGCCGUUCAUAUGCUACCUCAACUUUACCGCCAACGGUGGUAACUAUGGUGAUAUUAUACAGUUAACUUUCGACACGUUUACAGUUGGUAAAUUUGUGUCGUUCACAUCUGACGGGUGUCCCGAUGGGCACAUGACGAUCGUGGAGAGCAGCCCCUCGCCCCCCACGGGGCAGUGGUGCGGAUCAGCGUGGGGGUACACGGUGUACUUCAGCGAAUCUAGUUCUAUUAAUAUGACGUUGAGACUUGAUAGAUUGAGUCAACAGGGUGUUGGAUACAAUUUCGACUUCAAGUUGGCAUACAAGUUCCUAAGACGGAGUGAGGCGCGGUUGCGGUACGGCAACGCGACGGUGGGGGCCUGGAGGGGGGAGCGGGUCCCUGGCACGUAUUGCGACCGCAUCCUGAGCGAGUGCGAUAUUCGCGCCUGCCGUAUCCAGUCACCGAACUUUCCUGGCGUGUACCCGAGGAAUGCAACGUGCACCUAUCGCAUAGAACACACAAAGGCAUCUCCAAACAAACAUGUUCUAUUGGCAGUCAGACAAACAAACAGUCACAAGAUACAUAUCAAAGACCAAAUAGUCAAAUAUGAUAGAAGUCAGCGAGUACUGAAGAUCUGGGACCAAUGUAAUGUAGUACAAGAUUACCUGACCGUAUGGGAUGGGGCGACCCGCGACUCGCCUGUAUUAGUCAGGCUCUGUGGAGGUGACGCAGUUCCAGACAUUAUCACCCGAGGUCCGAACAUGUUACUGGAGUUUCAUACGUCCCCAUAUGACAAUCCUUUCCAUCCUGUACCGUUGAGCUAUCUGCCUGGAUUCGAGCUUGAAGUUCAGGUGCUGUACGUGGACAAAGAUUCGCACUCGUACGUGAGCUCGGACGGCCGGUGUCGGUUCGUCCUCCGCUCUGCUGACAAUACGAGUGGCGUCUUGAGGAAUCCUCGCCACUCCUUGCCUCCUAACACGUCGUGUGUUUAUUAUUUUCAGGGUCGCACAAAUGAAGUGGUUUGGGUAUCCUUCGUGAAGUAUCACGCCGCAGGAACAGAACCUGCCGGUUUUGACCAACAAAAAGACUGUUCUUCGCAACUCACUAUAUGGGAUGGUGCCGCUCCAGAUGCCGAUCUUGAUAGAAAGUUGGAGAUGACAGACAAGAAAUCGCUUUUGGGUUCGUUCUGUCGCGAAGAAUCGCCUCGUCUUUGCGACCAUGCUCUUCUUUCGAACGCCACGAGAGCGACGCGGCCGUGCGCUCCCUCCGAAAGCUACAUUACGACUGGACCAGCUUUGACUAUUUUGCAGGAGCUACGUCAAGGAUCAGCACUAUAUCCCGUUUCAUUCGUCCUUCGCUAUGAGUUCGUGGAUGUCAGCGAGCAGGGACAACCAUUACUCGACUCUACAUCCGCCUGCGAUAGAGUUUUUAAAUCUGCACAAACCUAUUCUGGAAGAUUCCAAGCUCCGAGAGCGAUAUUUUACUAUGGACGGGGUGGAGCGCAAAAUCUUACUUGCAUAUUGAGGUUCGAAGCCAAACAAGGAGAGCGAGUCCAAUUAACAUUUACAAACACUAAUUUCGGAAACAAACAUUGCAGCACACACAAAGAUUCCAGAACUAGUCGUUGGAUUUGUAAUAGACCUCCAAAGAGAACUAUAGGAGGCGAAGGUCUCGCACAGAUAAUUAUUACUGAAUACCCGUGGGAGGGAGUUCCCAUAAAAAGGGAUUGCCUUUGUACUAACCGUUCUGAGCCUUUGCACAUUCACACGCUAACGGCCCCCGUGGUGGAGAUUAAUUUCACGGUUACUAUGAUGAAUAUUACUGAAGAUUACGAUGACUUUAGUUUUGAAGGUGAAUACAAAUUCAUACCAACUGGACCUGGAGACGAAACUAUUUGCUCCACGGGUUGGGGUGACAGACGUCUCAGGGGAAAUAGUGGGGAAAUAAGGUUAUACGACAAAAGAGAAACUGCUAUUACACCAGAAAUAGUUGGCGAUAGGCAUGUUAUAUCAGAAAGCGUUAGAGCUGAAGUAGCAUGUGUGCAUAGACCGUGGCUUAUUGAACCUGGAGGAGAUGACGUCACACCUGUCCAGGGAAGAUAUUUAUACGUUAAAAUCCCCGGGUACGAAAUUACAACAUCAUCUCCGUUCUGUACAACACCGAAUCGCUUAUUCAUAUAUGAAGCUUACGAUACAACAAAAUGUAGAGAAAUUUGUCCUGAUACGUCUAAUAAUCUUGAAUUGUAUUCUCCUGGUUGGGACUCGGCUAGUACAUCUUUAGAAUCUUCUCUCAAACCACAUGCAAAAAGUUAUGUCAUAGAUUUUUUGCAACAUGAACAAGCAGAUUAUAUAAUAAAAUGGAUUGAAAUCAUGAAAAAGCCAUCCAUAGAACAUGAUUCUGAAACUAACGUCUUGCCAUCUUCCGUUCUCCUUGACUGCCGAUUUCACUGUCCAGAACUAAAUGCGUGCAUUCCUUUGACACUUUGGUGUGAUGGCAGCGCUCACUGUCCAUCAGGAUUUGAUGAAGAUGACUCUAAUUGCUCAUUUCGUAUAUCACUGCCACCGCCGUAUGUCGCAGCAGCGGCUGGCGUUGGCUUAUUAAUAUGUGCUGUAGCAAUCGCUCUAUGCGCAUGUAGGCGACGCAGAAAAAAAGAUAAAGAAUUCAAAGCGAGAUUGGACGGGGCCUUACAAGUAGAAGAAAGGCCAUACGAUCGAGCGAAAGUGAAUGGCGUUCCAGAGUCUACAAGACAGUACGCCACUGUUCAAAAAUACGCAACAAUAGACAAAUACAGCCUUAGUCAAAAAUAUAGCGCAGGGAUCAACGACGCGAGGUAUUAUGAUGAAGUGGCUCAAAGGGAUAAAUUGGCUGACACAAGGUACGCUAGCUUAGGUCGAGGCAGGAGUAGUCGUAUGGAUAAUAGGGGUUCUAGGAAAGCUUUGCCCGAUUUAGGUUAUCCUGACUUAAAAGACGGCUUUUGUUGACAAUCUCCGGACCUUUUAGAGACAACCGUGUGAACAUUAAUAAAUUUGUGUUUCAAGAAAAGACUGAAAUGGCGAAAGUGCCUCCAUAACAAUUUAAUCGAUUCCUUAUUAGAUUCGUGGACUCUGUGUGUUGUUGAAAAGUUUAAUAUAAAUAGAUAAUUCAUCAUGUGUAAUCAAGCUUCAUUGUAGGAAAGUUAUGUUGACAAAUUGUAUUUUAUUAAUUUUUGUACAACGUGAAUGUACAGUUUUGUGAACGCUAUUGUAAUUUGUAGCAUCAAUUUUAUUGAUAACCUCAAUAAUAUGGUUCACUUGUAAUAUUGUAUUCCCUAUUAGGGCUUUAUUUUUAUUUACGUAUUUGUAAUAAGACACUUCUAAUCAAAUAACAUAUCUAAUUGUACAUAAAAUGCUUGACAAUACGAUAUUAAGAUACAAAUAAAACACUUAUAGAAUAUUAUUACAGGAUUUAUAUUGAUUUCACUUAAGGGGCUAUUUACACGAGCGUAUAAAACUUCGCAGUUCAUACAUGGUAAUAUAAUAUUCUGAAUAAAGUGAACAUGGUUUAUAAAGACUGUUUAUUAUUUUCGCUUCAUACAAAAUUUGCUGGAAAUCACUUUGAAUAAAUGUAAAUAAACCACUGAAACAAAUAAUACUAAAUUGAAACAGUUUGAAAUACUUUUUUUUCAAUAAUCAUUUUUCAUGAGCCUCGUGUCUAAAUGCCCUUAUUGUUUUCAAAUACAAUAAAAUAAUUUUGUACACAGUGUAAUUUAGUAUCUAAGACACGAUGAAUGUGUUGUUUAAAGUAAACCAUAAUAUUAUAGAUAUAAAAUGAAAUGUGAUAUAGGUUGUAAAAAUACUACAUAAGUGUGAAGAACUGUGUAAUUGAUCAAAUAAUUUCUAUAUACAGAUGGUUAAAAGACACCUAAAGAUGAAUAUAGAUGCGAUAUUUUGUAAAAAAUCUAUUGCCAUCAAUAAACCAAACUGCAUAAUAAUAUUAUGUAUCGGCAUAUUAUAAUUUUUAAUAGAGUGUUCUUUUUUCGAUAUUGAAAUUCAUUUUACGGAUUUUACCUUUGAUUAAGGGCUGAUUUUUCAAUCCUUGGUUAAAACUUAUUCGUCGAAUAACAUAUUAAACUACCAUUUCAAAAAUGUAUUCUAAUUGUCCGUAUUUUACAGAUUACAGGUGACAUUUUAAAAUGUUCGUGUACUACUUUAUUGGACGGAUAAAUUUUAACCAAGGAUUGAAAAAUCGGCCCUAAUAAAAAUUAUUUCAAAAUUAAACCCUGCAUAAAGAAACUGAAUAGUUAGUACAUAAGAAGGGGACUUUAGUUGUCUCAGGUAAUUAUUUAAUAAGUUAUUAUAAAUAAGGUUGUGUUUUUAAACCACCUGUAUAAAAACUAGUAACUAAAGUGUAUGUAUUGUAAUUUAAUAGUAUCAUUAAUCAAAAAUGUAAAUAAAUUAUAGUUUAAGAUUUUUAAUAUCUGUAAGUGAU